AUGAUCUUUGCAUCGCAAACUUCUUCGCACUUCAUGACAGCAGAGACAUUUAUGGUAUACCUCCAUGGUUUGCUGACACCUGCAUUGUCGCUUCAGAGAAAGAAGUUGGGCGUGGCUUCCUCUACAAUGGCUUUAUUGCUCUGUGAUGCUUGGACUGGGUUCCAUGCGUGCAAGAACGGGCUCGAUGCGGCCCGGGAAGGGUGGUCUAAGCAGGCAUGCUGCAUCCUUCCAGACCGCCAGGCCGGAGGAUUCAGCGCGAAUGCGCAGCCGGUGGAUCAGUUGCAUCACCUGCUGCGCGCGCGGAUGGAGGUGGUUGAUGCUGAAGAGAUCAGCUGCGAGAGCGACUUACGAGAGCGUCCGCGCUACGAUACAUUGCCCAUCGGAACAAGCGGGCAACCAGUUCGCAACAAGGUGUACACUCGCACCUCUUUAGCAGAGCGAACUCUUCGUGCUUGGCUGUCGGUGCCGCGCAAGGCAUUCAUAUCAGCAUGGGUAGCAACCGGAUACUUCCAAUCUGAGCACUUUCCAGAGGAGCAACUGACUCCUGCACAGGCCAGAGAGGCGCUAGAUCCUACGGGAAUGCUGCUUUCCCUGGGCAUAAAGAAUGAUGUCAUUGCAUUUGGUUCCUCGCAACCCGAGAGGUGGUACUGGGCGCUGCGGAUGGAAGACGGAAAGGCAGCAGCACUGCCAAGUAUCAUUGCAACUUCAGUUGAGAAACUGGUUUGCCAGCACCGCCGCGAGCGCCAGAUUCUCCACACAAAGAAACCAUCUGGCUGGAAGAAGAAGCUAGAAGAUGCAAACCAGAGAAUCGGGUCCAUCGUCUACAAUGUCCGCCAUGGAUGCCUAGCUUCAACUGCCUUCUUGAAGCGUUCCACGACGCGGAUCAACGGCAAGGUGGAAUUCACAAGCAAGGGCGCUGGACACGAAAUUCUCAGGGUUCACUUCGAACUUGACGGUGAGGAACCGUCAGGGCCGGGCACCUACUAUUUGUCGAGCCUCAAGUUCGAAAAGAAAGCCAUUUGUUGUGUGAAGUCUUCUGGCCAAGAGCGAGAUGAUGCCAGCUCUGUUGAGGAAGAAGGUCAUAAAGAAGGUGAUGAGGAUGAGACCGAUACAGAUCCUCAAGAUACCGGUGAUGGCCUCAUGGCACCUCCAGAUGUGGAACCUGCAUGCAUUGAGGAACAAGAACUUGAUGAGUCCACUUCAGAUUCAGAAGGUCUUGAGGAAUAUGAUGGUGAUGCAGCUGAGAUUGAACAUGAGGAGCCUGUUCCCGCUCCAGAGCUGCCAGCCGGAAUCAAUCCCGGUGCAGCGAAUCGCAUCAAGAGAUACCACCUCUCUCCUGAGUGGUUGCAUUUGCAGGAUGCUGGUAACCACCUCCUUGUCUUGCCCGAUGUUGAAGGUUGUGGCGUGAACCGCCACCCUGCUGGAAACUUUUGGAGUGCCCGGUACCCAGGCCACCCCAUCAUGACGGCGACAUACUCCGUGUCCCGCAGUCCUUUGCGCUGCCUUGUGAU